AUGGCUUCUGGCGAGGAAACCAACCCGACCAGACGGCCGAGGGCUCCUACCAUCACCAUCGACACCAGUGCCGAUUCGAACACGGGCGACAGCGCCGUUCCGCGAAGGUCGUUGGGCUCACCCACGGACCUCACGGCGAGUCCCACCACCCUGACCGCAGACAUGCCUCAACCAUCGCAGGCCUCCACCAGCUCCAAGCCCGAACUGCAGACUGCCAACUCGUUCGACAGCAGGGAUAGCCGCCCCCAGAGCCCGCACAAUGUGUCCAGUCCGGUGGCAGCACGGACAAACAACCGCUCGCUCAACUACCUGGAGGUUCCAAAUAACCAGCGUUCGAGGCAAAAUUCAGUGGAUAGUGAGGAUGGAUCGCGUUCCUAUACAUCGUCGCAAGGCGACACGACGGUGCUAGGUACGACGUCAUGGCAGGGCGACAAGAGUGAAAAGGGUGGCCACGACGACCAUGACAAGAUUAUGAACGACCCCGACGCUCUGAAGCCUGAUGCCGGCCGAGAAGCUGACUUCCAGGUGGAGAACAACCCAUUCGCCUUCAACCCUGGUCAGCUCACCAAAAUGUUUAACCCGAAGAGUUUGGCUGCGUACUACGCUAUGGGCGGGUUGAAAGGUAUCGAGAAGGGUCUACGCUCGAACAGGGACACUGGACUCAGCAUCGACGAAAAGCACAUCGACAAGACCAUCACCUUCGAAGAGGCGACGAGCAAGUCGUCUAAGCUUGCAAAUGAGGGCGUUGAGACGCCUCAAACCCCGGUCGCCCGGCGAAACACCGCUGGCACCAGCCACGGCGACGAGUCUUUCUCGGACAGGAAGCGCGUAUUCAAGGACAACCGGAUCCCCGAGAAGAAGGGCAAGUCCUUCCUCCAGCUGCUAUGGAUUACCUACAACGACAAGGUUCUGAUUCUCCUUUCCAUCGCGGCGGUUGUUUCAUUGGCUAUUGGUAUCUACGAGACUGUCAGCCCCGAAGGACAGGGAGUCGAGUGGAUCGAGGGCGUUGCUAUCAUCGUGGCUAUUGUCAUUGUGGUUUUUGUGGGGUCUCUGAACGAUUGGCAGAAAGAGAGGCAAUUCGCCAAGCUGAACAAGAAAAAGUCGGAUCGGUUAGUCAAGGUUAUCCGGUCCGGCAAGACCAUUGAGCUAUCCGUUUUCGACAUUUUGUCCGGCGACGUGGUCCACCUCGAGCCUGGCGAUCUACUCCCCGUGGACGGUAUCCUGAUCCAAGGCUUCGAUGUUAAAUGUGAUGAAUC